AUGGAAUACACUACAGGUGCWGUAGGAAAAUGGUACCCAAAUGCCACCAUUUUCACUCACUUCCAACACCUGCAAUUCCUAGAUCUAUCUGAUAACAACAUUGGAGGUUGGAUUAUGCCACAAGCAUUGUGUCAACUACGCAAUCUUAAAGAAUUGGAUCUGACGGCGAACGAUCUUGGCCAUGAUGGACUCCCUGGCUGUCUAGGGCGUGCUCUUCCUUCCUUAGAAGCAGUAUCCUUAUCAAUUAAUCAACGUAAUAUGUCUUCUUCAUCACUAUUAACAGAUGUAUGCAAAGCCACCAAUGUCAAAGGAUUGUCGCUAUGGAGAAAUGAUGAUGAUAUUGGAAGUGUACUACUACUUGUACCAGCAGGGUGCCAGUUAUUCCAUAAUCUUGAAUCACUGGAUUUAGCAAAUCUCAAUCUCAAUGCCUCGUCACCAGUUGUAGUUAAUGCACUAUGCCAAGCAACCAAUCUUAAAGAGUUGGACCUCUCUCGAAGCAAUUUGGGUGAUGAUGAUGAUAUUGGAAGUAAUAGCAAACCAUUACUAUGCCUACGUAAUUUGACGUCGUUGGAAAGGCUUCAUGUAUCAGACAAUAAUCUCAAAGCUUCCUCAGCAUUUCUAAAGGGAUUGGGUGGACUCAAAAAUCUCAAGGAAUUGGAUCUAUGGCACAAUUCUAUAACCAAUGAAGGCCUACCCUCAGGCCUUUUGCAUAACCUCUCUUCACUGGAAGUACUCGACAUGUCAGGGAACAAGCUUACAAGUUUACCAACAGGGCUCUAUCAAUUGAGGAACUUACAAUUAUUGGAUCUUUCUGAUAAUCAAAUUACAAGCAACAUUGCUCCUUGGAUUUUCAACAACCUAACUUCACUAGAGUCCCUUGAUCUUUCAAAUAACCAGUUUUCUGGAGAGCUCUCCUUCUCUAUCUUUGCUAAUUUCUCCCAAUUAACAGCAAUUGAUCUUUCCAACAAUUAUAACUUGGAU